AUGUCUGCACCCCCAGAGCCAAGGAAGGUUCGCCCAUGGGCGCUGGCCCGCGUCGGUGGGACCGCCGUCAGCCGGCUGAAGAGCCUGCCGUCCAUGGCCUCCUUCAUGUCCGUUACCGAGAGCGUUGAGCGGAGCAGUCCCAAUGGCUCCAUGCUGUCCCUGCCGACGUCAGAUACCGUUAAGUCAGACGACGUCAGAGACGACCCGAAGACGGUCGAGGAACUACGAGCCAAGUUGGAUGAGGCCAACGCUGCUCUCGCACAGAAGAAUGAAACCGUCACGACGCUGCUCGACCGCGCGGGGAAGGCCGAGUCCGCAUUGAGCGCAGCACAGGCAGAGAUUGCGCAGCAGAAGUCGCUACUCGACACCUCGGAGGAGGCGAAGGCGAAGGCGCUCGAAGAGUGCACAUCACUGCGCGAACGCCUCGCGGCGCUCGAAGAAGACCGUUCGCACGACCAGUCCGCGUUGGAAGUCGUGCGUGAUGAGCUCGAGGCGACCCGGAAAGCUGCCGAACGAAAGGACGCACAGUUCGAGGCUGAGCGUGACGCUCGUCUGCAGGUCGAGGAGGAACUCAAACGGACUCGAGCGGAUAAACGCGAUGUGGAGGUAGCCCUCGCACUGAGCCAGGAGAAAAUCAAUGCUCAGACUGAGGAGCUUCACGCUAUGGCCGCUCGUGCGGACACAUUGACCACCCAGAUGGCUACCGUUCAGGCAGAGAGCGCCGAGUGGUCUACGCGGGCCCGUGAACUCCAGGCAGAGCUUGCCACGACGACGCAAGGGCGGGAAGAAGCGCAACGCGAGCUGAUUGAUUCACUCGAACGCCUGCACGAACUGGAGGAGCGCCUUGCGUCCCUCGCGGCGGAGAAAGAGGCUGCUGCGCGGGAAACCGAGAAGAAAGAGGCCGACCUGCAGACCACGGAGCGCGCCCUGGAGCUGGUCGAGCGCGAGCUGGACGAGGUGCAUGCUGAGAACACGGAGCAGGCACGCCGUCUCGAGGAGCUACGUGUUGACCUGGAGAAGGCGCUCGACGAACACGAAGCGACCAGGGCCGAGGCUGUGGCACGAGCACAGGAGCACCUCCGCACGCUCACGGAAACAGAGCAAUUGCAUCAGGGCAAACAGGACAUGUUGCGGGAGGAAUUGACGAAGGCAACUUCGGAACUUGAGGCACGAGAAGCCAAGUUCAACGCAGAUGCGGUCGCCCUGAAAUCCGAACACGACCGGCUUAUGCAGGAGGCAGUUCAACAGGCCAAGGUACUUCAGCACUUCGUUUACGAGAUAGGGUUUCUGACGCCCCAUUUGCAGAUGGACGCUGCCAUCUCGUUCCAGAACGAGAUGUCGGUAGUACGGGCUGACAUGGAAGCGACUGAAGAGCGACUUCGUGCAGCCCAUCAUGCUGCUAUCGAACAAGUGCAGGCCGAGCACAACGCGGCACUCGAGGAACAAGCCAAGUCAUUCCAAGUGCGGGUCGCAGAGCAGGAAGCCACGCUACGGCUCAUGCAAGCAGAGCUCGCGAGGUCGGAAACCGCCUUGCAGUCUAGCACAUUCGAUGUGCAGUCGCUCAGAGCGAGGCUCGACUCUGCGACGGAGCGUGCGACGUCCAUCGCUCAGAUGAAGGACGAGGAGAUACAGCGCCUGCGGAGAGAUCUCGCGAGCACGCACGAUGCCUACGCUGCGCUCUCUGAAGACCUACAAGAUACGGUCCGGAGACACGCGCAGGAGGUGCAGGCGCUGCAGGCGGCACAUGUACAGGAGGGUACGCACCCGGUGGUCCGGCUGCCGUUCAAUCUGAGGUCGACAAUGAUGACAUGGACCGCGGCAGGUGCGAGGGCGGAGACGCUGGCGCCUCCUGCAAUCGCCAAGAUUGCGACACCGGCCCUUUUCGCGUGGGAUAUGCACAUGUAUAUUGCUGUACCACGUUGGACAGUGCAACCUUCAGCUGCUGGGGCAUCCUAUCUGCUGCCGGGCAUAUAA